AGCACUGUAACUUGACGGAACGUUGUCAACAACUGGUCCGGAGAGGAGGAAAAGUCCUUUAAUUCAGGUUUAGUCAGCCUAACACGUUGAACUGAGAUUGUUUUUACGUGUUUUUUGUUUUGUUUGAGCGGUUAAAUAUACAGGCAAAUGCACCCUUUUUACCCGUUUUUCUUAAAAAGCCAACCAUGAGGGGUGAAGUUGUGAGCGGCUAACAUUAGCUGUUUGUAUGCUGUUCAGCCUGUUACAGUGGGGGGGGAGGCUGCUGAUAUCAACUGUGAGCUUGUGUUGGGUUGUGGCCAGCCAUUAAACAUCGCCUCCGUCGGACGUCCUUGAACGUUUUCCCCCCAGUUCCGUCUGGACAGGAGCUAAAUGAGAUAAAUCGCCAUGGAUCUGUUUGACAGUAACGCUGCAGAGCGAGCUAACCUACCGAGGAACAUGAUCGAGAACAGCAUGUUCGAAGAAGAGCCUGACGUGGUGGAUUUGGCCAAAGACUCCAGCACAUUUCCAGCAUUUCCUACUCUGGACCCUGAUGAGGUGGCAUAUGAGCCUCGCAGCUCACGGCUGCUGGUGCGUGGCCUGGGAGAAAACGACAUGGACGACGAUGAAGAGGACUGCGAGUCUUCUGCACGUCUCCUAGGAAUGUCUUUCAUGAACCGCAGCUCUUCCAACAGAUCCAACUCGUCCCCUUACGCCAGACAGUCUCCACCGAGGUCAUGCUCACGGCCUUCAACUCGCACCAUGAUCGCGUGUGUCCUAGUCCUGGUGUUAGUAGCCUCAUUGAUCAUGGUCAUGUACCUCUUACCUGGCUGCACCUUCACGAAGGCUGGCUGUCCUAAGCCAAAUAAGACCGCACCUUUUGAGCCAGUCUACCCUAAUUCCACAAGCGGUGAACCGUUUCCAUGGGCCGAACUCCGGCUGCCUCGCAGCAUCCGACCUCUCGGCUAUGAUCUCACCUUGACCCCAGACCUUGACAACAUGACCUUUACUGGCAGGACUGUCAUCGAAAUGUCCGUACUUCACAGCACAAAACGAAUUGUGCUCCAUGCUGCUAAUAUCAACAUUAUCAAGGCUACGUUUAAGCUGGGGGAUGGGAAGGCCGAUGAUGUACAUGUGCUGGAGUACAAACCCCACCAGCAGAUUGCUAUUAAAAUGAAAGAGGAGCUGAAAGCGGGCCAGCAGUGUGUUUUGACCUUUGAUUACUCAGCUAACCUCUCCCACACCUAUGAUGGUUUCUACAACAGCUCAUACACCGAUAAAGAUGGAAACAAGAGAGUCCUUGCAGCAACCCAGUUUGAGCCGCUGUCAGCCAGGAAGGCCUUUCCUUGUUUUGAUGAGCCAUCUUUCAAAGCUACUUUCCUGAUAAAAAUCAACAGAAAACCGAACUACAUGACUCUUUCAAACAUGCCUCAGGCUAAAACUAUGACUCUCUCCAAUGGCCUCAUGCAGGAUGAGUUUGAGAAGACCAAUGUCAACAUGAGCACUUAUCUGGUGGCCUUCAUUGUUGCUAACUUCACUCGUGUCAACAGCACUGAUCCAGGAACAAUGGUCUCUGUAUAUUCUGUGCCAGAGAAGAAAGAACAGACUCGCUUCGCUUUGGACACAGCCUCCAAACUGUUGACGUUUUACAAUAAAUUCUUUGAGAUUGAGUACCCACUAAAGAAACUAGACUUGGUGGCCAUUCCUGACUUCCUGGCAGGAGCCAUGGAGAACUGGGGGCUCAUCACAUUUAGGGAGACCACCUUACUUUUGGGAAACAAUUCUUCCUCUCUCGAAAAACAAGUAGUCGCUUCUGUAAUAGCCCACGAGCUCGCUCAUCAGUGGUUUGGAAACUUGGUAACCAUGAGCUGGUGGAACGACCUCUGGCUAAACGAAGGCUUCGCCACCUACAUGGAGUUCAUGUCACUGCAGGAAAUAUUGCCCAGUCUUGACACUGGUAACCUAUUCCUGUCUGUGCGGUUCAGAGCCAUGGACAAAGAUGCUCUAAACUCUUCCCACCCUGUGUCGACAGAGGUUAAUACGCCUGAGCAAGUCGAAGAAAUGUUUGACUCUGUCUCCUAUGAAAAGGGUGCAUCGAUUCUCCUGAUGCUGAAUGCGUCCUUGCCAAAGGAGUUCAAAAAAGGCAUUAUUCAGUAUCUGAAAACAUUUAGAGGAUUAAAUACAGAAACUGAUGAUCUUUGGAACAGCCUUACACAGGUUUCCACAACACGUCAGAAUAUUUCCGAGAUGAUGAAUUCAUGGACAUCACAGAAAGGCUUCCCAUUGGUCAAUGUCAGUCGCAAAGGAGAUCAGGUGACCCUUUCCCAGGAACCAUUCCUGCUCACAUCUGACAACACCACAAAAAAAUCCAGACUGUGGACUAUUCCCAUCACAUAUGUGAACGACAGCUGUAGUUUGGCCCCAGAGUGCAGCCAGAUGUUCACUCUGAAGAGCAAGAGCGAAAAUCUCAAGGUGCCAGAAAGUGUAAAGUGGCUAAAACUGAACUACAAGAGUACUGGCUUCUAUGUUGUCGACUAUGGAAAUGACGGCUGGAAUGCUCUUAUCGAGGCUUUGUCCACAAACAUCAGUGUUCUCACACCUGAAGACCGGGCCUCGCUCAUACAUAACAUCUUUGCUCUCUCCAGGCUGGGACGGGUAACUUUUGAACAAGUUCUCCACCUGUUAAACUCCAUGUCCAAUGAAACGGAGACUUCUCCUGUGAGAGAAGCUCUGCUGCAGCUCAAUAGUGUCCACGGGCUGCUCGAUAAAAGACAGGAGUCUGGCUUGGUAGCUCGCAUGAAGACUUAUAUUCUGACUCAUUUUGGUUCUCUGAUGAAUAAUCAAUCCUGGGGCGAGGAGCAGAGUCUAUCGAAACAGGAACUGCGCUCAGCCCUCGUCUCGACGGCCUGUACUCUGAAUGAAGAAAGCUGCGUUGCCAAUGCCACGUCCCUGUUCAAACAAUACAGUGACUCCAAUUUCACCAUUAAGAUUCCAGGUGAUUUGCAGCAAGCUGUCUUUAUGGUGGCAGCUCAGUCAGACGAUGGUUGGAGAAGCUUGCUCAACUUGUACACAACCACCACCUAUGAUGCAGAGAAGCGGAAGAUGCUAAAGGGCCUGGCAUCCACUCAGGACCCUCGGCGUAUUGCAUGGAUCCUCAAGGCGGGUCUUAACGGGGAUAUCAUCCAGACGCAGGAGCUGCCUCUGAUCAUCAACACCGUGUGUAACGGCUUUGCUGGCUAUUUGUUUGCUUGGGAUUUCAUACAAGUAAACUGGGACCGGCUCAUAGAGAAGUUUCCUCUGGGCUCUUUUGCCAUCCAGUCAAUCAUCAAAUCCACUACCUCCCAGUUCUCCACCCAGGCACACCUGGAUCAGGUUCAAGCUUUCUUCUCCAGCCUGAAGCAACGAGGCUCUCAGAUGAGGAGCGUGCGGGAGGCUCUGGAGACCAUCAGGCUGAACAAACGGUGGAUGGAGAACAACUUACAAGCUUUUGGAAAGUGGCUUUAGGAAGGUUAAUUCAAGCUGAAGCCACCCCCGAAAAACGAGCAGGUGGGGUGCAUCUUCAAGACAGCAGCAGUGUUUGCACAACUUUUGGACUCUGUCCCCUAACUCCCAGUAUCCAGAUCAGAGCACCAGUCAGCUGCUCUUGCUGGAUGGAAGGCUUCAGAGAUGAGUCCUGUCAGUUUUACUUGAUAGCUCAGGGUGGAUCCGAUUGUCCGUCUGACUUGGCAUUGUUAGACUCCACCACACACUCCUGGUGUUUUAUGCUGUUGACCAAACCUCCUCUGCAGUUCUCAUCUGAACCCUGGACUUUAUUAGACAAUCAUGCUUCAAAGACUGAAACAAAUCCCCCUCUUAGUCUCCGCUGCAUCUCAGUCAACCCAACCAUUUAAGAUAAACAUGCGUCCUCUUGGUAAAUCCAAGUUAAGAUUAGUGUCAGCGUCGCUGUCUUGUGUCAGAACAGCCAAUUUGUUUUGCGAAGACGAGGCCGUGCAGCGUUCGUCAGCCGUGAGGAACUGACAGAUGCCAGUUGUGUUAAAUAAAUAAAUCCCCAUUACUCCUGUAACUAAAGCCUUCUGCCAUGUUGAUCAUAGUCGGGUUAGAUGAUUAAUUGAUAGCUUAAAAUGCCAAAAACUGUGCUGGCAUUAGUUGAAUGUAGAAAGAAACCUUCCCACUGUGUGCAGUAAAGGAUGUACUGAAAAACAGUGCAGGUUUAAAUCACCCAAUGUGUCUUACAGCAGGUGAGAGCAGGCAGCCAACACUGGAGCCAAAUGGUCUCUUUAUUUAGUUUCUCCAACUUCUGCUCUGAUCCACAGGUUUUUCUCUACUUGUAUUGCCUGUAUGCUCCUUUUUUUUUUUUUUAGGCCACACCUGUGUAAAGAUGUAACUAUAAUGUAAAUACGGUCAGCGAUGUGCUUUUGGAGAUACCAUUUUAGACAUACUGACUUUUAAUAUUUUACGACUUGAUUUCUGUUUUGUUUGUGUAUAUUGUAAAGUCCAAAUUAUUCUGAGUCCAGGUCAAAGCUUUUUUUUGUUAUUCCCUUACCUCCUCAUUUAGACAACCAAAAAGAAGUCAUUUGCUGAUGAUUGUUGUGUUACAAGGGCUACUGUGCAUAUUACAGAUACCAGGCAUAUGUGUUUAUCUGUUUGUACUUAUUGAUAAUUUGUUAUUAGUCUAAAAAAAAAAACACGGAGCUUGCUCUGGUGUUAACUAGAGUUGUCGCUCCUCAGAAUUAGCUAUUUAUUUAGCAUUGUUACAUGUGACUCAGUUUUGUUCUUAAAUGUUAUUUAAAGACAGAUGCACAUCCAGAGAGGUACUUCACUAUCCUGUUAAAAAUGUGUCGUUACAUAAUACUGAGUGUCACUCCCACUCAUAAAGACAACUCGAGAGAUCUGUGAAAAUGCUAAACUUAACGGUACCUUCAGAGAAGACGACUCGAUAAAACCCUCAUCUUUAAUGGGGAUGACGAAACACAGGGUUCCUCAUAGGGCCCUAAAAAGUAUGGAUUUGCUUUCAGCAUUUUUGCAGAUCUCAAUAAGUAUGGAAAAAGAAAUCUGAGUGUAGUAUAGUUCUUUGAUGUUCCCACAGUUAAUUGCAUUUUCUUUUUUACUUAUUACGUUGAUCUGUAUGAAAUUUAUAUGCUUUCAAAUUAUACAUUUAACAUUUUACUCACAAGAAUUUUGGUUUUACGAAUGAAGAAUACUCCGUCAGGAAUCUACUGAAGACCUACUAUUUUACUCCCUGUUUGAUCUCUAGACAGUUUUAGAUUCAGAUUAAACAAUUUAACAAAGCAAUAUGAAUUGCAUUCUUUAAUCAAUUUCUACAAGCAAAAUGAAGGCAUCAAAGUUUCAAAUCUGUGCUUUAAAUAUCUGCUUUCGGUCUGGGACAUUAUGAGCUGAUCUAAGUUAUCUCUUAUGUCACACUCCAAAAAAUAUUAUGGAACCUACAUAUAAACUGACUGGACUGCUAUUCAAGCAGGGUCAAAUUGUUUUGUAAAGAUUUAUUAUAAAUUGUUGGAUUAAAUCUAGAAAUUUAAUUCUGGGAAAUGCAAAAUUUGUCAUAAAAAUGUGUCAGAACUAUAUAACGAUCUACUAUUGCAAGUGUUUCUAAUUUUCUAAAGAAGAAUUCGAGAAAAACAAAUGACUGAAAUAGACUGUAGUUUAAAUAGUUUAAAUCUGUUUGAGGAUCAUCAAUAUUGCAGAUGAUAAGUUUGUCCUCCACUCGGUGAUUGUAUUCAGUUAGAGGAUCUCGUUCAGUUUCGUUGUUAAUUUUGAAGGCAUUGAAUGUCCAGAUACUUUUCUGUGUUACGCAGGACUGUAGGAGAGCACCAUGUUUGCAGUGGAACUGUCAGAUUGGUCUCUUUUUGCACUGAGAUGAUGUGCUGUAGAUGCUUUGAAGAUUUCAUUGCUUGAUAUGUGUACAAAUUGUUGGACUAAGCAGUUCUGGGGGAAACAUUUUGAUUUUUGAUAGAAUUUAAAGGGAACUCCAUCAUUAUCUGUCAGAUUUUCCCACAUUGUUCCUAUGUUUUAUUUUUUUGCCGUUUUAAUUUUGUCCUUCUUUCAAUAACAGACCGAAGUUCAAGUUCCUGUGCUUUAGAAGCUUUUUUCAUGAAAGAAAAAUGUUUCAGUGAUAAUUAUUAUUGAAACUCCAAAUAAAGUUAAGCUGCAUCCAA